AUGGAUCCUAUCAUUCCCCAACAAGACUCCCUGAUAGACAUGGACGACUGGUACAACUUUACCUUGCCCACCGGCGAAAUGGCUGAGCCGUUUGGAUGCUUGUCCCAUUCUCUUGCUCCCUACUGCCAGUCCAACCCGGCCGACUUCACCCAAUCACCGCAAUAUUUCACCAGUCACGAAACUCAAUAUCCCUGGGACACCAUUGAUUCAAGCCUCUUUUAUCAGAGCACACCUUAUCCUCAAUAUGUGCUGGGGCCAACGCAAUCCUACCGCCUGGACAAUCUCCUCGAAGCCCAAAACAGCGAUUCCAGCAACGACUAUUAUCAGCUCCCCGAUCUGGAGCCAUCUCUUUGUGACUCGUCGGCCACUUCGGAAAUCGAAGAUUGUGUCCCGACCACGACGAGACUGCCGCAGAGGACGCAAGAUCCGACCCCCAGGCGCGGACGGAGCCGCGAGAAGUGCGCGACCAACAAGCCCAGAAAGAUUGCGUCAAAGACGGCCGCGUCUGUCGAUCAGACGCGCCCGCACAGGGUCUCCAAAAUCAGGAGGGCGAACUCCAGAGACAGCGAGGACCCCGACGGGGCGCUUGCAAAGCAGGCACACACCGAGAUCGAGCGCAGAUACAGGAACAAUCUGAACGCAAAGAUGUGGCAGCUGCACCGCACCUUGGAGGGGUCGAGCCGGAUGAGCAGCAGCAGCGACGACAGCGAUUCACCACGGCAGUCGGAGGAGCAGCGGCGGCGGCAGCAGCAGCAGCAGCAACCGGCGCGAAAAUCAGACAUUUUGAGCAAUGCAUUGCAGUACAUUAACGAAUCAGAACUAGAAAUGCGGCAUAUGACGGACGAGAUCUUUCGAUUGAAGAGCAGACUAGCGGUCCUGCAACGGAUGGUCCAAUGCGAUGAGAAUUGUGCUCCUCUGAAAGAGAUAAUUGGAAUGGAAAUGGCAUCAUGA